UAAUAAUUAAUAACAUUAAUAAUCCCUAUUCUCGGAAAACCCAAAUUAUAUCCUUUCUUUUUUCUUUAUUUCUCUACCUUUCUUCUCAUUUUGCAUUAGGGUUUGGGUUUUGAGCUUUUUCAUUCCUUAUCUUCCUUCAUUCCCCACCCCCACAAACCUCAAUCUCUCCCGAUCUACUCUGCUAGCCGUUGCCUUCGGUAGAUUUUGAAAAAAAAAUAUAGCCGUUGGAUCUUCCCCUUCGAGAACCGUUCCAUUUGUCUUAAUUUUUUUAAAUUUUUUUUCGGGGUUACUAAUUUGGCUUUCUCCCUCAGUUUGACUUGAAAUGUCAACGGUUGAAGCGGCGAAGAAGGUUGAGAAAGAGGCAGAGAAGGGGGGAGAGCUUUUGUUCUGCGGCGGUACGUGUUGGGACACAGUUGGUCGGAAAAAGGGACCUGUUGAAGGUAAUCUGGUCUCUCCUACUCGACUUCGACCUCUCCUCAGUGUCAACAUCCGUUUUGUUGCCUCCGGUUGUGCAUCGUGUCAUUGUGUGGCGUUGGAUGUUGAAGGGCGUUGCUAUACUUGGGGACGCAAUGAGAAGGGGCAACUGGGUCAUGGUGAUAAGAUUCAGCGUGAUAGACCAACUGUAGUAUCUGAACUAUCAAAGUACAAAAUCGUUCAAGCUUCAGCAGGGAGGAGUCACACAGUUGUAGUUACUGAUGAUGGACAGUCCCUAGCCUUUGGCUGGAACAAACAUGGGCAGCUGGGAACAGGUUCUGUAAGAAAUGAAUUUGAAUCAUCUCCUAUUCGUUGUCUUGUGUCUGAUGUAAAAAGUACCGCAUGUGGGGCUGAUUUCACCGUUUGGUUAUCUUCGGUUGAAGGAGCUUCUAUACUGACUGCUGGCCUUCCACAGUAUGGGCAACUUGGGCAUGGGACUGACAAUGAGUACAAUACUAAAGAUAGCUCAGUGAAGCUUGCUUAUGAAGCCCAGCCUCGUCCAAAACCAAUAGCUUCCCUUUCUGGAGAAACCAUUGUUAAAGUUGCAUGUGGAACGAACCAUACUGUUGCUGUGGAUGCAAAUGGUCAUGUUUACACGUGGGGAUAUGGUGGUUACGGAAGGCUUGGACAUAGGGAGCAGAAGGAUGAGUGGGCCCCUCGCCGUGUUGACUUAUUCCAGAGGCAAAAUGUUUUGCCUCCUGAUGCAAUUAUUUCUGCUGGUUCUGUUAAUUGUGCAUGUACCGCUGCCGGAGGCCAAUUAUACAUGUGGGGAAAAUUAAAAACUACAGGCGACGAUUGGAUGUAUCCUAAACCACUCAUGGAUCUAAGUGGCUGGAAUUUACGUUGCAUGGAUUCUGGUAAUAUGCACCAUUUUGUUGGUGCUGAUCAUUCCUGCAUAAGUUGGGGUCAUGCUCAGAACGGAGAGCUGGGAUAUGGCCCCAUGGGUCAGAAAUCUUCUGCAGUGCCAAAGAAGGUGGAAAUUCUUGAGGGUAUGCAUGUUAUCAGUGUUGCAUGUGGUCUGAGCCACUCAAUGGUUAUAGUUGAUAGAACAAAUGUUGCCGACCAACUGUCGCAGCUUGAUAUAUAUGAUGGCAAGGCUUUUGGUGAAGGGACUGAAGAACCUGUAAGCCAAAGUCCAGCUGCAAAGCCAGCUAACAAAAAGAAAGGUGCAGCCAAGGCAUCUGACAGCUCCAAGAAGAGGAAGAAUGCAAAAGAAUCAUCAUCAUCAUCAGAAGAAGACGUGGAUGAUGAUGAAGACAGUGAUAACAGUGAUGACUUAGUCAAUGGACAUGGUCAAAAAGGAAAACGGGGCGGGAAGGUUUCUGGUGGAGGUCGAGGUGCUCAAAAAGCACCAGCAGCAGCGGGAGAGAAGCGUGGUCGAGGCCGCCCUUCUUCUUCUGCAGACAAAAGUUCUAAAGCACCCGCGGCUCAGGGGAAAACUGGAACUGGCAAAAGAGGAAGACCCCGCAAGUCAUAAUAAGUUUUCUAACCGGUCAUUUUUAAAAUUUUGUGCACUCUCGAUGUAGAGAUUGUUUAUUUUAUCACCCCGCUGUUGUUGUAUUAGAACAUCUACCUUACGUUUUAAAAUUUUAAAUCAUCUCAACCUUUUCUAUUUA